AUGAUGAUGACGUGGAAGAUCGGCGGGAUGACGCGAAACGUCAAAACACCCGCGAUACAGGAAGUGCGGGCGUUGGAGUCGACGCUGCGGUUCCUGGUGUCGAACAACUUUGCGGGGUCGGUGAUCGGCAAGGCGGGGCAGGUGAUAUCGGAGUUCCAGGUGCAGUCGGGCGCCAAGAUCGUCAUGUCGCGCGCGCACGAGUUCUUCCCCGGCACCGCGGACCGCAUCGUGCUCAUCAGCGGCACCGUCAGCGCCAUCCUCACGGCGCUGCACCUCAUCCUCUCCAAGCUCGCCGACGAUCCGCGGCGCGUGGAAACGGCGCGCGAGGGCGAGCUGGACCUGCUGCGCAUCGUGGUGCCGCACCGCGUGUGCGGCGCCAUCAUCGGCAAAGCUGGCGCCACCAUCCGUGGUGCCCAUACAUCAUCCCACCUGCCUCCCCUUCAUCUUCUACCAUCGCCCGCUCUUGUCUGUUUCGUGUAUCAUCCCCGCGUCUACUCUCUCGCAGCAUCGUCCUCUCCCGCGCAUCAUCGCUUCCCACCCUCUCCCUCCGCAUCUUCAAGCGAUUGCGCCCUUCCUCCGCAGCAGCACUUCCCACACCGUGAACCGAGAACGGCACCAGCUUUGCCAUCCACUAUCCACUCCUCACCCCCCACCGUCUCCCAUCUGCUCUGCUCUCCGUCCCGCCCAUCCCAACCCCCGCUCUACCCCUCCGCACCCGGCUCCACCCUCCUCCUGCCCGUGCCCUCUCACCUCGCAUGUCAUGCCACCACGCCCUGCCACGUGGACCCGACGCCAUCACGCCGCUCCCAAAUGGCUGCCUCCCUCACAUCGUGCGCGCCAUGGCGCCAUGCCGUCGCGGACCAUCGGGGGCGGCUGGCCGUCGCUGGGCGCAGGUCGUUCGUGGAGGACUCGCAGGCGACCAUCAAGCUGUCGUCGCAGGACACUGCUGGCCCAGGCUUCGCAGAGAGGCUCAUCACGAUAGGGGGCUCGCUGGAGCAGAAGCUGCGCGCGGUGGCGCUGCUGCUCACCAAGAUGUCGGAAGACCCCACCUACGUGCAGUACGCUGACGUGCCGCUCUCCUACACCGGUGAGCAGAGGACCAUCGUAUCCCACGUGCCCCGCUCCUACGUGGAUACAUAUCUCCUCCACGUGUCUCUAUCCUCCCGCGCUCACUCACGUAUUCCCUUCUGUUCCUCCCGUAUCCAUCCCUUGCCUCUCUCCCCCCGCGCCUCACUGCGCGUCCCCCACCAGCGGCGGGCGGGUCAUCUCAGCCGCCUCCCCCUCCGCCCGCGGCAGCGGGAGGGGGCAGGCACGAGGGCAGGAGCAGCGGGUUUUCGGAAGGAGGACGGGGCAGGGAGGGCGGGUACGGGGGCGGAGGGGGGUACAACGAUGGGUACGAGGCGAGGGGGGGCAGCGGGUUCAGUGGCGGCUAUGGCGGUGGUCCUGGGUACGGGGGCGGAGGUGGGGGCAGGGGUGGGGGCGGAGGCUAUGGGGGAGGGGACAGAUAUGGAGGAGGGCGGGGCGGAGGCGGGGGUUUUGGAGCUCCCUAUGCAGCGCCUAGGGGACUUCCUCCGUACCUUUCGGACCUGCGUGGCAAGGUGGGAGUGCUGUGGCAAGGUGGGCGUGCUGUGGCAAGGUGGGCGUGCUGUGGCAAGGUGGGAGUGCUGUGGCAAGGUGGGCGUGCUGUGGCAAGGUGGGCGUGCUGUGGCAAGGUGGGAGUGUUGUGGCAAGGUGGGCGUGGUGUGGCAAGGUGGGAGUGCUGUGUCACUGCGUGGGGCCACUGUGAUGCCCCUGCUGCCCUGCUCUGCCUGCGUGCGCGAUUUUGUGUGGUGUGGCCCAUCAUCGCCCGUAAUCUCACAAGCAGUGGACCCUUGUCGUGCUGCCAGUGCCAGAGAGGGCCCGCCUCCUCUGCCACCGGGUGGCGGAGUGCCAACGACCAUCAUAGUGGCGGUGCCGGACGACCAUGUGGGCGCUGUUGUGGGCAAGGGCGGCAAGUCGCUGCAUGAGAUCCAGCAGUCGGCGGGAGUGCGCAUGCUCAUAUCUGACCGCAACGAUUACGUUGAAGGCACCAGGAACAGGAAGGUGACAAUAACGGGUCCAUCGGAGGGGGUGGUAGCAGCGCAGCACCUGAUAGCGCAGAAGGUGCAGCAGAGCAUCGCCUCUGCCUCGGGGGACCGCCUCCUCUCCGCCCCCGACCGCCUCCCCAGCACUGUCGACCGCCUCCCCCCUGCUCCCCCCAGGGGCUUUGACGCCGGUGCAAGGGGCUUUGACAGCGGUGCGAGGGGGUUUGAUAGCGGUCCGCGGGGGUUUGGCAGUGGUGGUGGGCGCGGGGGCGGUGGGGACAGGCUGGUGAGCACCUAUGGUGGCGAGCGGGAUGAGCGCGGGCGCGACCGGGGGGUAGACCGUGAUCGUGACAGGGAGCGGGAGUAUGAGAGGGAGAGGGAGCGGGAGCGUUACUCGGAGUGGGAUCGCAGGGAGCGGGACGACUCAAGGCGAGGGUACGAGCGGGAGAGAGGGCGGGACGAGCGCGACACGUACAGGCGGUGA